GCGCCGUUCGCGUUCAAACACGUAUUCCUUCCAUCUGUUCUGUAUAAUAUCUCUUAGUUCCCAUCGUCAAGCCGGUUAUCUAAACGGAAACAAUUGAUUAAUAAUUGUGUCCAAAACAAAGAAUUGUUUUUUUUUAAUAAUUUGGUACUUUUGAAACAACGUAAUUACAUUUAUAACGAUACGUUUCUUUGCUCGUUAACGUUUCAUCUUUAGUAUUUCCGUUACUAGUUCUUUCAAAAGGUCAAUGACUCGAUUCUCUUUCGACACUUAUUUCAGAUGUAUUGAAUUUCAGGCUCGUAAAAUAAAAAAUAGAAUCAACUGUAUUGUAUUGUUUAAUUAUGCGACCAAGAGCCUGGUGUAAUUUGUGAGGUUUGUCAAUUGUUGACUAAAUUGAACGAACGUACAUAUAUGUAUAAAAGAUUACUAAAGAUGCAACGAGUUCUCAGCUUUCAAAUGGCUCGCGGAUUGGACGAGUCGAGCGAAUUUGUGACGAAACGUAUGUGUUUUUCGUUUCUCUUCUCCAUCGGUUUCCUUUGUGUUCUCUGUGGUUUCUUGCUCGGUCGAUUCUCCACACAAAGGAUCAUAGAGUCUCACGCGGAAAAGAAACGUCUCGAGUUUGCGGGAAAUGGCCUCGAGAGCACCAGGAACUGUGCGUCUUUAAAUUUUACGGAAGACAUUGUAGAUCGAGUGCAUGGAAUCCUGUCAAAUUUAUCGCUUAUUGAUAGAGUUGUAGUACAUCGAACGUGUAUCUUUGCAAAUGCCCGAGGGUACAGAGAACCUGACAGAUAUGUUGUUGUAUCGGCUAGCGGCGAAGGUGUUGGUAUUGCUUUGGAACUGGCAAAGAUUAUGAACGACAUUCAACGGGAACACGAUUGGAAACCUCGUCGAUCUCUUAUUUUCUCUUUCAUUUUCGGAUCUUCGGACUCCUGUUCAGAAAUACUGUUUCAAAAUGGUUUCAUGCACGCUAGAAUUAUGGCUUAUGUUGUUCUACAUCAUCGUGUUUUCCAAGGCAGUGGUCCUUUUAUUGCGUCAGGGUCCGAUAUAAUACAGUCUCUGGUUUUCGAAGCUGCCAGCAUCGUGAAAAAUGUACAUUUUCAUAACGACCGCUCGAUAUUUUCAAACAACGCGUCUUCUAAUAAUACAAUUUCUCGCCUUGCUUUCGACAUACCGCACGCGGUAUUGUCGUUCGUGAACAACGGCAUCACCUUCGAUGAAAAUGAUCACGAAAGAAAGAUGCGUAAAAUAAUAUUAGCCCAAAUACUUGGUCAAACUAUUUGGAAAUUAUCCGAAUGUUUAAUCAUGAAAUGGAAUCCACGUUAUUUCGAUGAAACUGUUUCCAAAGCACUGCAGUCUAUAGAUAGUACGAAAUUUUUGACGAACAAAGAUAAAAUACAAGAAACCUCUGACAGAUUACUGAUCGAGGUGAACAUUUUUAAUGGAAUGAUCGACGCAAUCGAUAGCACCGACAUAAUCAAGACGAGGAUAUUAAAUGAUCUGAUGAUGGAUUUGGAUAGAACUCUUCUGUGUUCCGAUAGAAAACUUGUAUCGAAAACCGAUUGGGCAGAGAUUUUAAAACUAGCUCAUGAGCCUUUUGACAUUAUAUCAACGCGCCUUAACCAAGUAUUAAAAUGUUACGAAACAGCUGUCCAACUUUUGCAAAAUAAAAUUUAAAGAAAUUUAAUGAAAUUUAAAGAAACCAUUAACCAUGGUAAUUAACACUAGUUUUACAGGACGCGUAAAUGAUUGAUGGGUUUCAGGUUCGAAACUUGACACAUUACAGAACUGAAAUAUUAUUUUUUAGCAACUUGUGUUGAAUCGAUUGGAAGAAAAACUACAUUUUAAUGUAACUCUGAACACAAAUGGGUUUAACGAAAGAAAAAUUAUGUGCAACGAAUGUCUGUAAAUUUAGUGUCGAUUACCAUUGAAAUUUUUCUACGCACCGACAUGUGUUUUUACCACUUUUACAAAAUAUAUGUUACUUCUGGUUACGAUAAAUAAUAUAA